AUGGCACUACUCGAAGAAGAAUUACGAUCUAUAUUGAACUCCCUAUCACACUUAUCAGCCCAAGGUGAUCUUCCUGUCCAAACGUUCGCAACCCUCGUCAAGAAUGCUCGGACCGACGUGUUGGUGGAGCAUUUGCAUCAACGAUGGCUGUCAGACGCCAACUUUGGCAAUGUGGCUGCUCGGAUUCUGGCUUACAUACAAAGGGUAGGUUAGUUUUAUAUAGACUAACACUUUAAAAGUAACACUGAUAUUAAUCUCGGUUAAUUUUUUUAAGAAAUUUUUUACAAAUGUUCUACGUUAAUAUAUUUCAGGACAACCCAAACGACAUGAAAUUGUCAUCAAGAAUACUAUCACUUUCACUUGACGAUUACAAAAGAAGAUACGAAAUGAGACGAAACGACAGAAAGAUGUUCACAAACUACUGCCGAAGUCUAGUAGAGCUAAUGCCUAUAUUUUUGUAAGUCAUCUGCUACAAUCUUUGAUAGUUUAGUGAAAUCGACAAAUACAUGGGAAACAGUUUAGUACGACCACUGUUCGAUUGCAUGUUCAUUCUGACAGAAUCUAAUCCAGAUGAUGGUGAUCUAUUAGUGAGUGAUCCAUGUUAGUCAUUUGUAAUUUUAGACAAUUUUACUUCAUUUUAUAGACAUAUUGUCAGAGUUUUGACAUUGUAACUGAAAACACCUAACAAUUUCAGUGUGUCGCACAGAUCUUGAUUAGGUCAGGUCAACUUCUGAACGAACUUGAUUCCCAUGUUUGUGAUAAGAUAAUAAUGAAGUGUAGAUUGGCAUUGUGUGCAAAUGACAUUGCUUUAGGCGACCUUACACGCUUUUCUUUGCUUAAUGUAAGUUUUGUCAUAAGAAAACACUAAACAAGGUUAGUAUUCCUCAUAUCAGCAUACAAAAGUAUAUGUUAGUAUACAACUUACUAAUUAACUCAUUUUGAAGGCUGUCGACUUGUGGAACUACCGUUGGAACCUACAAUCCAUGCCUUAUUGUUUAGUCCAGUUCUAUCAAGAGCAGUACGAACACUACAAUCUAAACGAGUACGAAGACAAGCGAUGGCUACCCCAUGGAAUGAUCCAAAGCUCUACAACAACAUUAGUGCCGAGUACGAUCUCGUCGUACUCCAAAAUAUCGAAUGACGAGUUUGAGAGUAUAGUUUAA